GUCACGCCGCCAUCGCGCCAUUGUCAUUUGCAUUUAACACGCCAUCGCGCUGCGCUAGCCCGGGCUCGGAAGCGGGGCGCCUUCAGCCCUGCGGCACACACCGGCCCCAAAGCUCUUCCCAGGGCACCCAGCCGGAGCGGGGCCGGGCUAGCGGGGGGGGGGAGAGGGGGAGCGGGUGUCGGCGCCGCCAUGCCGAAGGUUGUGUCCCGCUCCGUCGUCUGUUCCGACACCCGUGACCGCGAGGAGUACGAUGAUGGGGAGAAGCCGCUUCACGUCUACUACUGCCUGUGCGGGCAGAUGGUGCUGGUCCUGGACUGCCAGCUGGAGAAGCUGCCGAUGCGGCCACGGGACCGCGCCCGGGUGAUGGACGCCGCCAAGCAUGCCCACAAGUUCUGCAACGCCGAGGAGGAGGAGAGCGUCUUCCUGCGCAGACCAGAAGGCAUAGAGCGGCAGUUCAGGAAGAAGUGUGGCAAGUGUGGACUGCUGCUCUUUUAUCAACACCAACAGAAAAACGCGCCCGUGACGUUCAUUGUUGAUGGUGCUGUGGUCAAAUUUGGCCAGGGCUUUGGGAAAACAAACAUAUACACUCAGAAACAAGAACCUCCCAAAAAGGUGAUGAUGACCAAACGGACCAAAGACAUGGGCAAGUUCAGUUCUGUCACAGUCUCCACAAUUGAUGAAGAGGAGGAGGAGAUUGAAGCGAGGGAGAUUGCAGACUCUUACGCACAGAACGCAAAAGUGAUUGAGAAACAGUUGGAGCGCAAAGGCAUGAGCAAAAGAAGGCUGCAGGAGUUGGCUGAAUUGGAAGCUAAGAAAGCCAAGAUGAAAGGAACCCUGAUUGAUAACCAGUUCAAAUGAAACACUGCACAUCUGCUGGGUGUUCGGAGACAGGAGAAAGCUACCAGGAGCUAUUGCUUAUCUGUCAACAAAGCAGAAGUAACAGACAACAUUCAAGGGCAACGUGCUGCAACUAGCUUGGAGGAUGAGUACCUCUCUGUCAUCAGUGGUACUCUGGUACCAAUUCUAACUCCAGCAGCACUGGAGAUUUUGCUGAAACUGCAGUUCUCUGCAGACCCAGUGUUAGGAGCAAGCUGUUCAGCAAGAAUAUUUACUUUUGGGAAAGCCUUUGCUGGGUGCCUUUCUGAGUUCAGUACACCUUUAGAUACCUGUCUUUUUUAUUUUGGUAGUUUUCAAAUGUUUAAGAUUUCCAUAAAUGUAUUCGAGCAAUAGGUAAACUGCACAGCAAAGAAGUCAUGAAAAAAGUAAGCUUUGUACCUGUUGCUCAUUUUAUUAUUUUAAAUGUGUCCAAAGUGUGCAGCAGCCUGAGAGAGAUGCCAUUCCAACACAGGCUGGAGCGACUGAGAUGCAGGGCUUGGGGACCGUGCUGCUGCUCACCCUGGCCAGCAGACAGGCUGUCAGAGGUAGCCAGCACAGGCUUGGCUGGAGCUCUAAGAGCUCCUGUUGAACAUUGGAAAGCUGCAGUUGGACAGAAUUACAUUGUCCCAGCUGAUACUGCCCGAUACAAGAACACGAAACCCAACUCUGUUUGGAAACUACUGAAAACAAAAACUGCCUGCACGUUAUACCGCUGAUGAGUACAAAUAUGUAGUUGGAAGCUGCUGCUAUGAUUGGUGAUCAUUUGAAGUAGAAUACAACUGCAUGUCUGAACUAACCUGUUCUGCAAAACGGUGUCAGUAUUUGGAGUGGUUAAAUGUGAAGGAGAAGGGAAGAUUUUUUUGAAUGCACUGGCCACUGAGGACUUGGAUGAAUACACACCCAUCCUUAAUGUUGUCAAGUACCUUGUUUGGGCAAUAAUAUUUUGUCUCUUACAUGAUGUAAUAGCACUCUAUAGCCUGUGUCUUUGUUGCUCUAUUUGGGAUUAAGUACCGGGCUACAGAUUUGCAUUAAAAUAAUUUUCCUAA